ACAACUUGGCGCUGCAGGCGUAACAGCUGUAGAGUUGUAGUACGCAUUUCAAGAUAUAAACAGUAAACAUCGGGUUAACCUUUGUACUGAUAAAUAUUAGUGCUAGACAAUUAAAAUAUAUUUUUAAUUAAGUAACUAUUGAAACUGGAUGAAAAAAAAAUUUUUUUUUAUAAAUAAGAUUGAAUUAAUAAUUUAUAAAAAAAUGUAUGUAUUCAAACCUUUUGUUUUCGAUGAACAUCUUCCAAACAGCAUCGCAAAACCAGAAGGAAGGACAAAAUCAAAAAUACGGUGUGAUGGAAAAAAUUUAUACAUUUACAGUGGAAAAGAUCCUCUUGUGAUGGAUUAUCGAGAAUUAGCUGAUGAUCACAUUUUUGUAGCAACAAAACCAGAGUUUCGUGAGAUCUGGAUGUAUAAUUUACCCUCACAGCAAUGGAAAUUAUUGGGAAAUGAAAAGUGCUUGCCGGAUAUAAAUGAUAAAGUUUUUGGGACUAUUUUUGAAUCUAAUUAUCUGGUAAUUUGUUCAAUAAGAGUACCUUUUAAUGAUGCACCUUCGAGCCGUAAGUGCCGGCUACAUAUCUGUAAUUUGAGCGACGAAAGUGUCUUGGUCCAAGGAACUAGUGGGGAAAUUCCAUACCCUUCGUUUGCAAAUAAUUUAAUUCGCCAUAAGAAAUAUUUUUUUACUGUAGGAGUCACUAGAGACCUUGAUAAUUUUUCAGAUGUCUAUCGAUUAAAUAUGGAAAAUGGUGUAUGGAACGCAGUUUACAGGUGUAGAGAGCUGGACCCCAAUGAACCUUUAGGAAGAAACGGACAUACUUUGGUGUAUGAUGGGAAAAUGAUUUAUAUAUUUGGAGGAUCCACUGACAGUCCUGGACUUGAUGCAUUCAUUUUCACUAAACUUUCAGCGUUUGAUUUAGAAAAAUAUCGAUGGACGACUGUGGACACUAUAGGAGACAAAGAGUCUAUGCCACAUUUUCCAACUGCACGAGAGGAUUUUGGAGUUACACAGUAUACACAUCCUAACAGCGGAGAGAUAAAUGUAAUUAUAUCCGGCGGCACUGUUGAUCAUAACGAUGCUUUUGAUGACGUCUGGCAGCUUAAUUUGACAAGUUUAAAGUGGACAUGUCUUGAGAAAUUUGGAACUGCGUUACCCCACUCCGUUGAUAGCCACUCAAUGAGUGUUUCUCCGACAGGAAAGCUAUUCACGUUUGGUGGAUUUAUUGCAGAUGAGAAGGCACAUUUUCAGGGGUCAUGUUCUUCUACAUUACAUUCGGCUUGGCUCACAAUCCCAAAACUUACUGAAAUUUGUUGGGAAGCUCUGUUUUUUUAUUAUCCAGAUUUGAAAUCUAUGACUGACAAAGAAAUCAACGCUCUUGGUAUUCCCUUACAAUUACUCAAGUCGCGAAUAAUAUGAUGAAAUGUUUAUAGACAUUUCGUUUCCUUUUUACACUUUACCGUACUAAGUCAAUUUUGUAUUUUAAAAGAUUUUUUAUUUUAUAAAUUUAUUACAUUACUAUGCAAGCUCAUCAGAUAAAUUUUUUAUAUUUAUAAAAUUUAUAAUUUACGAUUUUUUUGUUACUUUAAAUUACUGCAUACCUUUGAAUAAAAAAUAAUUUAUUUUAUACAUUAUAUUAUUACUUUGUUGUACAGAGUACUUUUAAUAAUAUACAAUAUUAUAAUUGAAAUAUAAAAGUUAUGAUCUUUAAUUAGUAGUCACAACUUUAAAGCUAAGAUUUAAUUAAGAAAUUUGCGUAAAAAUUUUUUGUAUGGAA